AUGUUGAAUGUGUUGGAUUCGAGAGCAUCGCCAGCUACUCAAGCUCAACAAAUUGCACAACCGUCUUCUACAAAUUUGGAGAUUAAUACGUGGGUUAUUUGAAAAAUUAAAUUUGGGAGAAUUUUUAGAUUGUCACGUGGAAAUGUUUCAGUAAAAAAUACAUAAAAUAAGAGUUUUCUGAAAACUUUUAUUUUAAAAUUUGGCCGAGUUUUUUUUUUCUAAAUCUGGGUAGAAUAAUUGAAAUUACCGCUAAAUUUUGGAUUUUCAUGGAAAUUAAAAAAAAAAAUUUUCAAAAAUUCAAAUAAAUUUUUAAGUCUUGUUUAAUUUUUAAUCCACAAGAUUUGUCAAAAAUUCAAAACUGUUUUUUAAAAAUAUUUAAUCCCUUCAAAAAACUGAAAUCAUCCUAAAUCCUCACAUUUUGCAGCGAAGAAAUAGUUCAAUGGAUCGAAGAUUUGAAAGAUCCCCGAAAACGAGAAGAAGCCCUUCUCGAACUCAGCAAAAAACGUGACAGUGUUCCCGAACUUCCCGUUUGGCUUUGGCAUUCUUUUGGCACAAUGGCCGCAUUGUUGCAAGAAGUUGUCGCCAUUUAUCCGUGUAUAAUGCCAGCCAAUUUGACGGCGGUUCAGUCGAAUCGAGUUUGUAAUGCGUUGGCAUUGAUGCAAUGUGUUGCGAGUCAUCGAGAGACCAGAGCACCAUUUUUGCAAGGUAGACACAUUUAGCACAAACUUGAAAUUCUAUAAUUUAAUUGAAUGUUUUACAGCUCACAUUCCAUUGUAUUUGUAUCCAUUUUUGCAUACUACAAAAGUAUCCCGUUCAUUUGAAUAUCUUCGUCUCACUUCUCUUGGUGUCAUUGGUGCACUUGUCAAAACUGAAGAUAAGGAUGUGAGUUUCAAGAAUAAUUGAAUUCGAAUCCAUAUAUUUUUUCUUUGCAGCAACUUCUAACCGUUAUCAAUUUCUUGUUGUCCACGGAAAUCAUUCCAUUAUGUUUGAGAAUUAUGGAACAAGGAACCGAGUUGUCGAAAACCGUCGCCACUUUUAUUCUCCAAAAGAUUCUGCUCGAUGAUACCGGUUUGUCGUAUAUUUGUCAAACAUAUGAACGAUUUUCGCACGUCGCAAUGAUUUUGGGAAAAAUGGUGUUGAAGUUGGCGAGAGAACCGUCGUCGAGAUUGUUGAAACAUGUUAUUCGAUGCUAUAGUCGAUUGAGUGAUAAUCCAAGGUUGGUAUUUCCAAAUUUAUUUUCCUUCAAAACCUAUCUAUUUCCAGAGCUCAACAAGCGUUGAAACAAUGUCUACCGGAUCAACUCAAAGAUUUGACAUUCAAAAAAUUGUUGAAAGAAGAUGCGAGUACAAUGAAUUGGUUGCGACAAUUGAUGAAAAAUCUCGAAUUGGACGGAAUUAUUCUGAAAGACGAAGAACUUUUGAAAUAA